GGCCCGUCCCGCGCGGGUCCGGCCCGCUUUCCCCGCCCCGCCCCAUCCCGCGUGGUUGCGCGCGGUGCUCUGGCCGGAGGACAUGGCGCGUGAGCUGCGGGCGCUGCUGUUGUGGGGACACCGCCUGCGGCCCCUGCUACGGGCGCCGGCGGUGGCGGCCGCUCCUGGAGGAAUACCAGUUCUGUGUCCAUGGAGGACCACAGCCCAGUUCGGCAGCCCCCAGCGAAACCUGGCCUCCAGCUUCCUGGCAGGACAGCCAUACAGUACGCAGGCUGCGGAAGACCAGAGGGAGGAACCCCUGCACUCCAUCAUAAGCAGCACCGAGACUGUGCAAGGUUCUACUUCCAAACACGAGUUCCAGGCUGAGACAAAGAAGCUUUUGGACAUCGUUGCCCGUUCCUUGUACUCAGAAAAAGAGGUGUUUAUUCGGGAGCUAAUUUCCAACGCCAGCGAUGCCUUGGAAAAACUGCGUCACAAGCUGGUGUCUGAUGGCCAAGUAUUGCCAGAAAUGGAGAUUCACUUGCAGACCGACGCUGGGAAAGGCACCAUCACCAUCCAGGACACUGGAAUCGGUAUGACACAGGAAGAGCUGGUGUCCAAUCUAGGUACGAUUGCCAGAUCAGGGUCAAAGGCCUUUCUGGAAGUGCUGCAGAACCAGGGUGAGGCCAGCAGCAAGAUCAUCGGCCAGUUUGGAGUGGGCUUCUACUCGGCCUUCAUGGUGGCCGACAGAGUCGAGGUCUAUUCCUGCUCGGCGGCCCCGGGCAGCCUGGGUUACCAGUGGCUUUCAGAUGGUUCUGGAGUAUUUGAAAUCGCUGAAGCUUCAGGAGUUAGAACCGGAACGAAAAUAAUCAUCCACCUCAAAUCCGACUGUAGAGAGUUUGCCAGCGAGGCCCGGGUACGAGAUGUGGUAACAAAGUACAGUAACUUUGUCAGCUUCCCCUUGUACCUGAAUGGAAGACGGAUUAACACCUUGCAGGCCAUCUGGAUGUUGGAUCCCAAGGACAUCAGCGAGUGGCAGCAUGAGGAAUUCUACCGCUACAUCGCCCAGGCUUAUGAUAAGCCCCGCUACACUCUGCACUACAAGACAGACGCGCCACUCAACAUCCGAAGCAUCUUCUAUGUGCCGGACAUGAAACCAUCCAUGUUUGAUGUGAGCCGCGAGCUGGGCUCCAGUGUUGCACUCUACAGCCGCAAAAUCCUCAUCCAGACCAAGGCCACGGACAUUCUGCCCAAGUGGCUGCGCUUCAUCAGAGGUGUGGUGGACAGCGAGGACAUUCCCCUGAACCUCAGCCGGGAGCUCCUGCAGGAUUGCGCGCUCAUCAGGAAACUCCGGGAUGUUUUACAGCAGAGGCUGAUAAAAUUCUUCAUCGAGCAGAGUAAAAAAGAUGCUAAGAAAUAUGCAAAGUUUUUUGAAGAUUACGGCCUGUUCAUGAGGGAGGGCAUCGUGACCACCACCGAACAGGAGGUCAAGGAGGACAUAGCCAAGCUGCUGCGCUACGAGUCCUCAGCACUGCCCGCUGGGCAGCUGACCAGCCUCUUGGACUACACCAAUCGCAUGCGGCCUGGCACCCGCAACAUCUAUUAUCUGUGCGCCCCCAGCCGGCACCUAGCCGAGCACUCGCCCUACUACGAGGCCAUGAAGCAGAAAGACACAGAGGUUCUCUUUUGCUAUGAGCAGUUUGAUGAGCUGACCUUGCUGCACCUCCGUGAGUUUGACAGGAAGAAGCUAAUCUCUGUGGAGACGGACAUCGUUGUGGAUCACUACAAGGAGGAAAAGUUUGAGGACGGGGCGCCAGCUGGUGAUUGCCUAUCCGAGAAGGAGACAGAGGAGCUGAUGGCCUGGAUGAGAAACGUGCUGGGGUCACGAGUCACCAAUGUAAAGAUGACCCUCCGACUGGACACUCAUCCUGCCAUGAUCACCGUGCUGGAGAUGGGGGCGGCCCGGCACUUUCUGCGCAUGCAGCAGUUGGCCAGGACCCAGGAGGAGCGCGCCCAGCUCCUGCAGCCGACGUUGGAGAUCAACCCCAGGCACAUGCUCAUCAAGAAGCUCAGUCAGCUGAGAGAGCACGAGCCUGACCUGGCUCAGUUGCUGGUGGAUCAGAUAUAUGAGAACGCCAUGAUAGCAGCUGGGCUUGUUGAUGACCCCAGGCCGAUGGUGAGCCGCCUGAACGACCUUCUUGUCAAGGCCCUGGAGAAGCACUGAUGGUCAAGUACCCCAGGCAAGGGGAGGAAGGACAGGCACCACAGAUGAGAACCCUACCUGCUUGAGCUUUAUUUGCAUAAAUUAAAGUGUAUUAAUUUAUGUGCUA